ACACAUACAAACAAAAUGGAGUUUACAUCAAAGAGGCUGAAAGGCAUCGUAGAUGUUCAGAGUCCGGAUGGCUACUUACACGAAGGCAAUGAGAUGGACAAAGAUGUUGUUUAUUUUGUUAUUGGGGAAAUUCCACAUUCACAAGAAGAACUGGGCCGACUCAGACCUGAACGCUUCUUUCAAGAACUGAACCAAUACGGAAACACCAUACGAGACAUUCAGAAUAAGAAACUUGUCAGUGUCUCUGAUAUGAGCAGCUCUGUUCAGAGGAAGAGGAGGAGCACAGGAAGUCCUCGGGUUUCCAGCACCAAGACCAGCAGAGCUAACGCUAGCAGGACGACUAGCCGGACAGCUAGCAGGGCGGCUAGCAGGGCGGCUUGUGUUAGCGGGACGUCCGAUGCUGACCCCACCCAUGUGAUGGACCACCCCGAGGACAGUGUGGAGGAGGUGGUGGAUCUGACCUGUGAGGGAUCAGAAGCUGCUGCUGUGGUCGACCUGACCAACAACGACUCUGUGCUGCUGGUGGACGAAGGUCCUCAGAGAGUCUCGGCCGCCGAGAGCUACGUGGUCAGUAGCGAUGAAGACGAGGCCAUGCCCCCCAGGCUCAACGCCGCCAUGAUGUCAUCGGCACAGACCAACGGCUCCUCCAGGUCGACUCCGGGGACGAUCAGCUGUCCUGUAUGUCUGGACUCAUACUCAGAGAUCGUGGAGAGCGGCCGAUUGGUCGUCUCCACCAGGUGUGGUCACGUGUUCUGCAGCGUGUGUGUCUCCGAGUCCUUCCACCCCCCCCCUAUUCCACCCCCCACCUACAUUACACUGACCCCCCGCCAGUACCACCCCCUCUACGUCUGA